AUGACCGCUAACGCCCCGACUACUGCGGGCGACGCGGCCGCGCCAUCACUGCCCGAUCGACCGAACACUCUCAACUCCGUCAUCAAUCAGACGGCCUCCAACUAUGCAAACCCGAACGCUGCAAAUCCCUAUGGCUCUACAUACUCGUCGCCUUACUCAAGUCCUUACAAUCGAUUCGGAAGCUAUGGCAGCGGCAUGGGUGGCGGCAUGUACGGUGGCUACGGCUCGACAUACGGUGGCUAUGGCGGUGGCUAUGGCAUGGGUGGUAUGGGAGGCGGAAUGUACGGUUCCGGCAUGUAUGGCGGCGGCUACGGCGGUAUGCCUGGGAUGCCAGGCGGCCCAAAUGACCAGAGCCUUACCCAGAGUUGGAAUCAAAACACCGCGGCAACCUUCCAGGUCAUGGAGAGCGUCGUGCGAGCCUUUGGCGGGUUCGCGCAAAUGCUAGAAAGCGCCUUCAUGACGACCCAUUCGUCGUUCUUUGCUAUGGUGUCGAUGGCCGAGCAGCUCGGCAACCUAAGACACACGCUCGGAUCCGUCUUGGGGAUCUACGCGCUAUUGCGAUGGAUGCGCACGCUUUUGGCCAAAAUCACUGGAAGGCCCCCACCAGCUGAUGCGACGAGUCUCACUCCACAAGCGUUCUCUCAUUUCAUGUCAGGAGGCAAAGGCCCAAUGACGCUCCCUGAUGGAUCCCCCGCCCCUCCCCGGCCCUCACGCAAGCCGUUCAUCAUGUUUGCAAUUGCCGUUUUUGGCCUGCCAUAUCUAAUGAGCAAGCUUAUACGCUCCAUGGCCGCCAGCCAAGAAGAGGCCGCUCGAAAGCAACAAGAGAUGUCUGUCGGCUAUACAAACCAAAACGGCGAGCAAGUGGCGCUCGAUCCCAAAAAGCUCGACUUCUGUCGCGUCAUGUACGAUUACACGCCCUCAGACCAGUCCGUGGGGAUGGAUUUGCAGGUGAGGAAGGGCGAUUUGGUAGCAGUACUGUCGAAGACGGAUCCCAUGGGCAACGCCUCUGAAUGGUGGCGAUGCCGCUCACGGGAUGGCAAGGUAGGCUACGUGCCAAGCCCUUACCUGCAAACCAUUCAACGACCAGUGCAGCGACAACAGCAAGCUCUUACUACUGGCAGCGAAACAGCCAGCGCUCCAGGGAGCAGGACGACAACACUAAAGGGCACCGAUGUGCUCGGCGAACGAACGAAGAGCCUCACUAGCGUACACGCCCCCGAGAUCAAGGGUAAGCCGCACGACAUAUCGGUUGAGAGCUUCCAGAAAAGCGCGUUCUACUCAUAA